GAAGACGACGACGAAGCAGCAGCAGCAGCCGAAGAAGAAGAAGAAGAAGAAGAAGAUUAAGUGAAGUUAAGCCAAGCCAAGCUAAGCCCUGCAGAGCAGACAAACAGAUUUCCGAAUUUAGCUAAGAUAAUCGAUCGACGAAGCCUAAAUGGAUUUACCUAAGCAGAUCAACCAGUUGGAGGCAGAUUUGCUGGAGCUGCGGUCACUCUUGGAAAAGUCAGAGAGGAAACGGGUGCAGGAACUGCUUAAACAGGAGCAGCAAAAGGUGGAGAAAGAGCUUGAAGUCAAACGACAACAGAACGAGCAAAAGACCAGGAGAGAGGCAGACUCAUCUGCUGCCUCCAAAGCAGCAUACACAGUCAAGAUCACCAACUAUGCUUGGGACCAGUCAGAAAAAUUUGUCAAAAUUUACCUUACAUUGAAAAGUGUGCACAAAGUUCCUUCGGAAAAUGUGGAGGUCAACUUUACUGAAAGGUCAUUUUCUGUACUAGUAAAGGAUCUCGAUGGGAAAAACCAUCAGAUGACCGUUCUCAAUCUCUUGUAUCCCAUUGAUGAAAAGAACAGCUACAAAAAGAUAAAAACAGACAUGGUCCUGGUCAUGUGCAAGAAGCAGACAACAAAGAAAUGGGACUGUCUAACAAAGGUUGAGAAGCAGUCUAAAGAGAAAGACAAACCCAGUUUUGAUGAGAAUGCAGACCCCGGUGAGGGUCUGAUGAGUAUGUUGAAGAAAAUUUAUGCAGAAGGUGAUGACGAAAUGAAGAGAACCAUCAACAAAGCCUGGACAGAAUCCCAGGAGAAGAAAAUACAAGGGGAAGACAUGAUGGGCUUGUGAACUGCACUCACUGCUCUUCCACAGCAGCACCAAGUGAAAGCUUCCAGGGCUGGAGCUGACACGACUUGAAUAGGAAUUGUUGUUGGUUGAAACUAAACCCAAUAUGCAUGUCAUAUUUCCACAAAAUCUAGAAUUUAUGUGUACAACUCAUAAAUAAGGUGAAAGGAAUAGUGUUUAUUUGGUCCCGUUUUGGAAACCAGGCUGCUGUCCUCUCAGCAAUCAUGAUGCAAAACCCAGUCAGUGAAUUGCAAGGAACAUUCCUAUACACUUACACCAGAUGGCAACCUAAACACAGCAACAAAUUGCACCAUGCCAUCACUGUUUUUGGUUAAGGCUGACACAUAAUGGACCCCAGAUAAAUGGUUGUCAGUUUAAUUGAAAAAUGUUAGUUCAGUGCAGCUAAACUGAAGUGAUAUGUCAGAUGUGUUCAAGUGUACCUUUGCCAAAGUCACAGUCUUAGAGCACAACAAAAACAACCAGCGGGUUCUUCUGUUUAUUUUUAGUCUUCCUAUCAGCCUUUGAUAAUCUUUUGUCUUUUCACAAACACAGUACAGCAGAUAAUUGCUGCAAAGACAGUGCUACUCAUGCAUCUGUCCAGCGUAAUGCUAGAUGUUAAUGCAUGGGUCAGAUUGAAGGUUUUGUGCAUUUUACUCAUUCCAGUUGCAUAGUGUAAUGCUCUGAGACAGUCUUUUUUUAUAUUCCUUAAUGCAGUUUGCUUCUUCUUUGCUAUUAACUGUUAUGGUUGCACUGUUCAUUUUGGUUUUCUUUCCAACAUUUGUGAAUAUGUUUUAAAAAGUCAUUUUUGGUGUUUGUCCUUGCCUUACAUCUUGACCACCCUCUGGUCUUUCAUGCAGUUUUCACAAAUAUACCUCCUGAACUGA